CAGCAACCCCCAGCCUCGGCGGCCUCACUGCGACCUCGCCAGUCGUACCAUCGACACCGAAACCGGCGGGACUUGGAGCCAGAAGCUCCGGAUUUUCGCGAGAAAUCGUGGUGAUGGUGAAAUCGGCGAACGAGUGCUUCAGAGGCUCGUAAGAAUUAUAGAUUCCUGUAUUUGGGAGACGAAGUAGUUUGGUGCUUUUAUGACAUAUACGCAACAAGUCGCGUUCCAAUUGUUUAUUAUUAUAUGCAUGAGGCUUGGUUAGAAAGAGGAACUCAACGAAACUGUAAUGUUCGUUGAGUCAUGGGAUUGGGGAAAGGUGCCUACCAAAUAAGAAGAAGACGAUGAGUAGCUUGUAGAGUUUCUGGUCAUUCUUGGUGAGUGUACCAAAGGAAUUUGGUCAACGUCUUCAAAUUUAGUUAAACCGGCAGUCUGUUUUUGACAAUCCGGUAGACAAGGUUAAAUGAAAAAACUAUUGAAAUAAAGAACGUGUUUGUGCGGCGUGUUGUUUUGUGCCAGUGAGGUAUUCGACGGAGAGGAUAAAAUGUGACGAACGAAAAAUGAGCGUCAAUUCGGAUACCGUUUUCUUGAUUUCGUUUGUAACGAAAAUGUUGUUUGUUUCUGUCUCAUGUGAACCACGUGAAUAGUCAGUGAUUGUGAGUAAAGAUUGAAACAGUUGAACGGGGGUGAAUGAAUUGACUAUUAAUUAACGAUAUUCUAUAAUUGGGAAUAUAAAAAAGCGUGACAAAAAAAAACGAGGACCAUUAAAAACGAGGAAAUUAAUUAUCGAUGUAUGUUUUAAAGGAUUCGUAAUGAAAUUAGUGUGUAAAUAAAAUUAAUGAGAAAGACAGUAUUAGAAGGCACGAAAAGUAAUUAGAUUAAAAAUGACAGAGAGAGAGAGAAAGAGAAAAAGAUGACAAUUAAAUGAAGGCAAUAUGUUGAGAUGAACUGUUCAAUGAUGAUUAUUUAUACAGAUAUGAUAUGAAAGGGAAAUAAAAGUAAGCGAGUCUCCGUGAAAAAGAGAGAGAGAGAGAGAGAGAGAGCGAGAGAGAGGGAUAGAAAGAAGGAGAAAAACGUAUAAGGGUAAUGAAACGCGAAUAUCUUCAUCCCUUCGACGAGAACGCACCGAGUAUAUAGUGGAUAUAUUGGCGGAUGGAUGGACGGAUGGAUGGAGUGGGAGGGGAGGGCCGCUGGAUCAUGCCACUCGACAAAGCCAAGGGGGACAUUGCGAGAUGCGGAAAGUCGAAGGGUGACGGGAACUUCACCAAGCCUCCAGGCAACCGAUCAAACAUGAAGAACGUGCCAAACCAGAGAAAAGAGUCUCGAGUCUUCGUACCUCGACUCAGCAGUUCAAAUUUUUAAUCCAGACAGUAUUUUCGCCCGGUUUACUUGAUGCUAAAGUUGGGUUGGAGAACGAUAAAGCGACGAUGAAGAGCAAACGGGAAGAAUACAGGUUUUGGGUAUAAUGCAGUACAAAUUGACGAGGAAACGAUGAUACGGCCAAAGCUUGAUCUAGUUAAAACCCACGCGAGAUUCGACGCUCGUCUCGUGGUAAAAUCGAGAAAGAAAAGGACGGUUCGUACCUUGGCUUGUGACUGAUUGCAGUUGGCUAGACCGGUGAGAAAAGAUGGAGUACAACGAAACGCUGGACUUUGAGGAAGAAUUCGAUUCGAUGAACGCUUCGACGGUUGUGACGACAAUCCUGAACGGAGAUUCUGGGCCGUACAAUGACUCGACGGGUGCGGUAAGGGAGAAUGAGGAUAUCGAGCACGUCCUGCUGCAGGUGGUUAAGGCCUCCAUAAUGGGUUUCAUAAUCCUCUGCGCCCUCUUCGGCAACCUGUUGGUCAUAGUGUCGGUGAUGCGGCACCGUAAACUACGCGUGAUAACGAACUACUUCGUGGUGUCGUUGGCGCUUGCCGACAUGCUGGUUGCCAUAUUCGCGAUGACAUUCAACGCGAGCGUCGAGCUUUCCGGGCGAUGGCUCUUCGGGUACUUCAUGUGCGACGUGUGGAACUCGCUCGACGUAUUCUUCAGCACCGUCUCGAUCCUCCACCUCUGCUGCAUCAGCGUAGACCGCUACUACGCCAUCGUUCAGCCCCUCGACUAUCCCCUGAUCAUGACCAACCUCAGACUCGGUACGAUGCUCAGCGUAGUUUGGUGCUCGCCGGCCGUCGUCAGCUUCGUGCCGAUAUUCGCCGGCUGGUACACGACACCCGAACACCUUCAGUACCGCUCCAAUUAUCCGGAUGUUUGCGUAUUUCACGUUAAUCAAUUCUACGCAGUCGUCAGCUCCAGCGUAAGUUUCUGGGUACCCGGCAUUAUCAUGAUCGCAAUGUACUACAAGAUCUAUCAGGAGGCCGAUCGCCAGGAACGAAUGCUUUACAGGAGUAAAGUUGCGGCCGCCCUGCUGAACAAGCACCUUCAAAUAAACGGGAUUUCAGCUGGACUGACCUCCCUGCCAACUGUUGGACAAUCAUCACCCGAACCUGCGCCGGAAGAUCCACCGAUAGCGAGUAGCAGCAAAAUGAAAAGGGAACGAAAGGCUGCGAGGACUCUCGGCAUUAUAAUGUCGGCAUUUUUGGCCUGCUGGCUUCCAUUUUUUCUUUGGUACGUGAUAACGGCCCUCUGCGACACAUGCCAAAGUGGCAAUAUUGUUGUGGCUGCGGUGUUCUGGGUCGGUUACUUCAACAGCGCCCUGAACCCGUUGAUCUACGCGUAUUUCAACCGCGAGUUCAGGGCAGCGUUCAGAAAAACGUUGGAGAGUUGCUGCUCGGCAUUCAGUCCCGUAAAAGAUAUCGGCAAUAGAAAUCGGAAGCAGGAUUUGGUUCACAGCAACGCGUCCUCCGAACUCCAUGUGAACAACCAAUUGAGAACAAGCGAACUCACCAACGUUCACAUUGAGGCUUGCAUAUAAUUAUAUUUACAAUAUAGGUAUGUAAAAAUCGGAAUACGUUAUUCAAUUGUAAUUUUACGAAUCUGUUUUCCUUUGUUCACUGCUCUUAUUCUGCAAUCUAAUCGACUUAUAUCGAUUUAUUUGUUAUAAAUUACACACAGCUAAUUUAACGCAAAAUAAAUUCGCUUGAAUUUAUGCAAUUCAGGGUACAGUUUAACAGAUCCCGUGCCUGCAUUUCGGCAACUGAGAUUACACAUUACCGAUCGCUAUUUGCCUCGAUUCCGACACGUUUGGCGUACUCCUUACAAAUUUCUCCAAUCGUGGUCCAUGAGACAAAUGCCGAUCGAUGAUAUGUACCCUCAGUUAUCGAAGAGUAGGCGCACAUCACCAAGAUGUACCCUGAAUUACAUAAACGCAGGCGUAUCUGAAUCUGUCCGAGUGAUGACAAAAAAACGAAUACAUAGGUAUAGAAACAAAGGCGGGAAGUGAGAAGUAAAUAGAACCCAAUCAUCGAUAUUAUAAACAUCACUGGACUCUAUACUAAGUGGUGCCGAUUAGAAUCCCAAAAAAUCGACAGUCGCGCUGCAAUACCCAGAGUUGAACUAACGGGUCACGUGGGUGAUAGCCUAUCAGAAACAGAUUUAGUCACAUGGUACAGCGUGGGGAAAGUUUAAAUGCAUGCGCCCCGUGAACAAAAUUACGAUGUUGUUCUCUUUUUAUCAUAUACUUACUUGAAGAAAUGCACUGACGAAUGUAUUUUUUCUAUUUUCUUACAAAACCAACAAAACUCCGUUUCUGCAGGAACGUUUAUAUGCUGUCAGUUCUUGUGAGCCACGUGAUUCGUUAGGUCCAUUUAGGCUAUUGAAUCGGUGGUGUCGAUUUCGUCUGCUUCUAAUUGAUUCAGGCGGAGGAGAACGCUAGUCAGCCAUCCAGCAGUGAUAAACAUGCAGAAACGAAUUAAAUAAUCGGAAGGUGAGUGAAUUUUAUUAUAAUAUAGGAUACAUGGAUCAGAAAUAUGUUAUUCGCGAUGCAGUAGUUUUACUGUAGAGUCGAGCCGUAUGUAUAAAAUACAACCUUGUACACAAUGGUGUACACACAAAGAAUAAGGGGGUAAGGCGGCUUUGACGUUUCGCCUUUUGGGUCGGCGGCGGCGGAUUGUUAACACAAGGAUGUGCCGCGUGGGCUGAAAUAUAACGAACAAAGGAUCCGUACUAUACGUAACCGUACAUCGAGUAUACUUCACGUGAGUCGCGUUUUACGCCAAGCUAACCCAACAUCCCAACCCCCGACUCUCCUAACCAGUGUGUACAAAUUACGUAUUACAAGUAUAUAUAUAUAUUGUAUAUACCUAUAUUAAAUAUUAUACACGAGUAUAAUAACUCUGUGGACAUUGUGACAGCAAAAUUGCGAAAUGAAAUUGUGAAUGAUGAAACAACGAUACUUGAUAAAAUACCCUAUACCUAAUAUGAUAUGAGAACGAGACGAAACGAGAUGACGAAAAAAAGAACAAUGAAAAUGAAAGAACGUGGUCAAAAACUAGAUUUGCAUAUUCAGACGAGCAUGAAAAUACAUUCAAUCUGGAAAUCACUUUAUUGCAAUCCCUUUCCCUUACGAUUACAAUCGAUUAUACCUUUGGACUUUUAGAUAGGAUAUCAGUUCUCAAAUUCAGAAAUCUGCAGGCUGGUAAGAAAAUAUAUACUUUGAAAUGUAAUUUCGAAACCGACCAAAGAACUAGCCGAAUUUUUACCAAUAUAUGGUCAUACCUUUGUGCAUAAUUAGCAAUAGGAAAUUAAUUUGAAUAGAACGGUAUUCAAUUUUAUCCCGGAUCUAUGUAUUAAUAUUAUCAUUAUUAUUGUUGUUGUUGUUAUUGUUAAUGUUAGUAUUUCCGGUAUAGUCAGGAUAUAAAGGAUAAUAUUUAGCAAAAUUGGAUUUGAGAAGGGAUUCAUGAAAAAAAAAAGGGAAAUCACAGUCUGUACCACCACGCCAAUUCGAGUUGCGUUACCUAGCAAUCAUUUUGUACAUAUACACAUUAGAUAUUAUAUUGAUAAUACUAGUCUUCGUAAUGUUGAGAAAACAGAAAUAGUUUUAAAAAAAUGCAAUACUGCGUAGUGACAUAGUAACAUAAUUAUAAAUACGAAAGUAAAGAAAUCAAUACCGCUAUAGCAUGAUUCGGUCAAUUUUAUCUUGGCAUUAUUGUGUAUAAUAUUUUUGAUGAAAUAUCUCAAUUUCGCUUAUAUCUCUUAUCUGCGCAGGCGCAGUGUAAAAACGUCGCCUAGUCUGAAGUAUUAUCUCUGCCAAGGUAUUUGAAAUUGAACUGAAGAUAAUCGAUCACAGUUUGUGCCGCAAUAAUUGAUAUUAAUAUACUAUAGUCAUUUGAACUUGCGCCAAUUAACAUGUAUAACGUUACAUGUAUUUAUCAAAAAUCGAACCACGACUGCGCACAAUAUUAAUAUUAUUGAUAGUUAGCGAAGAGCUGAAUAUCCGGUUUCAUUAUUUUAUACCGGUGUGUGAGAAAAAAUAUCAUAUAAUUUACGAAAAAAAGACAAAAAAAUUAAAAUUGCUCUGCAUCGCGUACGACGAUAUAGGUAUAAUGCAUACAUAUAUAAGAAUGUCGGUGCAUGCACAUAGAUGUAUACGUAAUAUUCAAAUACUCCGAAAAUGUGUUUUACAUAAUAAAAAUAUAUUAAUAAUAAUAAUAAUA